AUGUGUUUGAACGAAUCUGAUUUUGAAAUUUCCCGCGAAAUUCUUGACGAAUUUGUUCGUGUUGCCAAUGAAGUCGUCGAUGCUGCCGGAAUUGUGGUGAAGAUCUUCUUUAGGAAACCUCGAUCAAUUCAAACCUUUUAUAAGUGCGACGAAGAUGGAUGUAUUGUUGAGCAAACCACUACUACUGUUCUAGCAACUGAGGAUGCUUUAAUUUAUGUGAUUUUACAAAAUUUUCCUGAUCAUUUAAUUUUUGGCGAGGCGAGGGGUUGGUUUCCGGAGAAGAGGGAUGCUGAUUAUGUUUGGGUUUUAGACCCGAUUGACGGCACUACCAGCUUCAAAAACGGUUUUCCUUUGUUUGACACGCUCAUCGCCCUUCUCUAA